UUUGUUUUGUGCUAUUUUUUGGCAGAGGAAGCUUAACUCCAGGGUCAUUAGACAAGUGCCUGCCUCUGAGCUCCACCACUUGGAGCCCCAACAUUUGAAAGGCAAAAUUUCAAUCGAUUUCCAGCAUUUACGGCCUUUUCUCUCCAUUUGUAUUUUUCUCUUGGUGCUAAUCAUACUAUUCAAAUGCGACUGUUACGUCUUUUGAGAAACUGUUGGACGAAAAGCCCAAUGUCUUUAUAAUCCUGCUGCACAUAAGGAUCACAUACAUGUGCAAUUUGAAGUUAGUGGUUUCAGCUUCUUGUGACACAAAUCCAAAUUCCAGUCAAGAGACUGCCCCCAGUGCCUUCAACACAGGAAUGUUCUCAAAUAUGAGAAGCGACGGAGUUUUAUAAAACCCAGUCCUUUAGCGUGUAAAGUCAAAAUAUUUAUAAUAUGUCGCCAGGGUUCCGAAACCAAGGGAAAAUAAAAUAAUUCUACACAGUUCACUUCUAUUUUCCCCUUAACUGCUUCAGGGGUUCCAUCCACUUCCUCUGUAAGGACAUUUAGAUUGGAAGUAUGGAAUGGUUUACAUGUAACAUAGAUAUAAAUUUCAAUAGGGUUAUAAAGACAUCGAAUCAAGGAAGUGUUUAUGGUUAUUCUGCCGGCUACACCACAGAGAUUUAGCACCACCUCCCCAAGCAGGCAGUAACAGCAGCUGCACUUUCCAGAGCAUAUUUCACAUGGACUCCUGCCAGCAGAUGGGAAUAUUAUAAUUCUAACUAAGUAUUUCCCUCUUUGUAUGAACACACAAAGAGCCUCUGUGGCGUUCUCCCUCCAGAACUGAUACAUCCUUUGCUGCCCCGAGAACGUUGACAUGACUGCUUCAGAGCCCUUGACUUGGUGGAUGGGAGCUGUAUUCAUCCGAUCGUACAGUUUCUGACACUCUUGAAGAGAGCCUUGUUCAGGCCGCCCCUCUCUGCGUCAUAACCUUCACUAGAGUUUCAACAAAGCAGGCAAAUAUUAGAGUCACUUAGCAUGGCUUACAGUGACCACAUUCGUAAAGAAGAAUCUAAUUUGGAUGACAGUCGUGGUUAACGUAUAAUUUUAACAGUUAAAAUAUUCAGUGUGGUGGAAACAGGUUCAAUAUUUUGGGCUCCAAAUAUUGUUUUUGCCAUCUUAGCAAUUUUAAUCAUAUACUUGAACCAUGUGUCUCUUUUACAUCAGCCACACAUUCUUUUAUCUGUAUUUAGAUGAAAUUUCACUAUUCUAUAAUGAUGCUCUCACUACAAAAGUGAAAACUUAACGUAAGUUCAGGCCCACAGUGUUUCACAACCACCUUUCAUAUUCUUCUGCACUUCGGGGUCUUACAACCUGGCCCCUUCACUAGCUUUUCCAAAAAAAGAGAGAGAAGUAACCAAGUAUUCCAGACAAAACGACAUCCACAUAAAUUUUCCCUCUGUUCUAAUUUAAAAUAAUUGAGAAGAGAUUAUUUUUUCCUCUGUAAAUAAAUCACAUUUAUGUCAUGUCCCAGACCCUUUAAUGUCAUUCACAUAUUAUCAACAUUUUUUUUAUCCUUUGAGAAACCAUUACAGUAAACAUUCUCAGGCUAUCAUCUGAUAUAUAAGAAAAUCAUAUUUUUCCAUGACUGGAAAGAUUGAGAUAACUGUCAAAUCUCUACCCUGUCCAGCCCUUUUAAUUCUGAGCUCUCAGAAUUUGACUGAGUUCAUCAAUAAUAAUCUACCAGUGGGGAGGGAGGGGAGAGAGAGAGAGAGACAGAGAGAGAGAGAGAGAGAGAGAGAGAGAGAGAGAGCACUAGACCACUUGAUAAUCAAAUAGUCUACCUCACUAUGCCAACCAAAUCACUUCUAAUCCUCCUGUCCCUAUUUUCUUUACAAAGCCCAUUUCACCAUUUUAAAUAGAAAUUCCAUCCAAUACCUAAUAUUAUAUACAAAGAGAGUUUAGGCAAAUUUUUAUAGAUAGUCUAGGCAUUUCCACAAACAAUGAAUCUUUGCCCAAUCUCCUUGACCUUCUCCCCAGAUGAUGCUGGGAUGCUGAUUAGUUCCAAAUGAUGCUGUCUGUGCUUUGAACCAAAACCAAUCCAACCGAACAGAGAAUGUCUGUGCUGUACGCACAAGCAAACCAGCCAGAGAGCUAUUUCCACCUGUUCUCACUACUGUUCUGAAAAUCCAGUUCACAAGUGCCAAUUGCACUGUUCUUCCCAGUUCCUCACAUGUGUUCAGUGAGUCAAAUAACAAGUUCACUUACAGGACACUUGUGGGGGUCCACCAGUCACUGUAGGUUGGCAUGCCAGACGCCUUAAGGCUCUGCAGAUUGCACCUGUCACAUAAAUGCAACUUCAUAAUUGCUUACUGGCCAGUUUGGAAGAACAAUGUGAAAUCUAAAAUAACAUUUGAGUUGAAUUUCAGCCCUGCCUUUCAAACAAAUAUAUUUAAGCUCAUCAUUUCAAUCCCGUAUGUUGUAACUUUAUGGGUAAUAAAUAUUCCUCAAGAAACCUGGACGGUGGCGAGGAGAGAGACCUACAGUGGAGAGUACUACUUUAAUACAGUAUCUGCAGUAGCUCUUUGAAGUUUUAUGUGUCUAGAAGAGUUACUGACUGGAAAGGUGAUAGAUAUAUGCCUAUUUAGUCUGCUUCUUCCCUUAAAAAAGUCUAUCAGAGGCUCUUCUGGUCUAUACGCCAUCGUUAGAACAAUACACACACCGUUUGAAGUCAUGUACAGUUGGCGUUCAUAUUAGAAUAUCACGCCAGUGUUUUCUAUCUGUAGGCAACGACUUGCUGCUCUGAAAGCAUCAGGGGCCUGUUUGUGUUUCUUAAUGGCAUUCCCCCCCCCCCCAGUAACAAUGUUUAAACAAAUUCAUUUUUAACAAAACCCUCCCUGUCACCAGACGGCCAGUAGACACUCAAGUUCUUUGGUUAUUAUGGUUGUACAUAGUUACCCAUUGAAUACAUAACUCAAAACAUUUUAAAUAAGUACCAAAUAAGCCCCACUAAGUUUUUAGCUAACUUUCUAAUACCGAGGUUUCCAAGCAGAGACUCCUUGGUAAUUGUUCAUAGCACAAGAGAAUCUGUAAUACAGAUGGUAGUUAAUUUGUGCUAUUAAUCUAUCCAUAUCUCUCACAAGCAACACUAAAAAGCACUAAGGUUAUCGGAUGCUGAGUGUUACAUUUUAUGAAAUCAGUGAACUGAAAAACAGUGGAGCAGGGAACGUUUAAAAUAGAAAGUGACUGGGCUAAAUAUUUGAAUGCUUCCGUAAAUGUUCAGAAAUGCCAGUGGUUAAAAUAUUGACAUUUUUACUGUUCUGAAAUCUUCUCAAUGUAAGAGAAAAAUAAUUACUUAUAUUUAGUACUCCAUCUAGUGGUAGCUCGUGGAUAAUCUUCAGGGAUCUGCCACUGUUUCUAGACUACCCCUUGGAUACUGGCACAGUUGGACUUCUGCAGCUCGAAUAUCCUCAAAGGCACUUACCAGGCCCCUGAUUUGAUGAGAUGAGACCUAAGACGGAAUAAUGUAUCGAAUAUCUGUUGUGAUUCACAAUGACUUGAAUCACCCUGAAGUAAGAGUGCAGAGCAAAGUAGCCGAAUGGCUCAAUGCAACCUUCCAGAACUGGAACUACACUGUUUAUGUGGUUAAUAUAAGUUUUCACCAAGACUUAGGAGAGGACAGGAUGAAAGUCAAGAGAGACGUCAUGGAUGACGACAAAAGGUUGGUGCUCUGGGCCCUUCUAGUCUACAAUGCUACCAAUAAUGUCAGCCUGAAUGGAGAGAUGAUUGAACAAAAGCUUUCAGCAAAUAACGCAUCACUAGAGGAUGGCAUAAGGCUGUGCAAAGUGGACGUGAAGCAGCUGGGUAUGUGUAACACAUUGGGGGAUCCAGAAGGCUUCAAGUGGACAGCCAUUUCUCCCUCUGUCUACAAACAACCCUGUCCAAACAAGCCUGGCUUCUUUAUGAUGCGGACAUGCCUUUGUAACGAAACAUCCACCUUCUGGGGCCCCAUCGAUGCCUCCAACUGUUCAAGACAAUCAAACGAAGUGGCCAAUGAGAUUUUAGACUUAACUGGGGAUGGACAGAACCUCACCUCGGCUAACAUUAACAGCAUUGUAGAACAGGUCAAGCGUAUCGUGAACAAAGAAGAAAACAUCGACAGAACCCUUGGUUCCACUCUCAUGAAUAUAUUUUCUAACAUCUUAAGCAGUUCAGAUAGCAAUUUGCUUGAGUCUUCUACUGAAGCUUUAAAAACAAUUGAUGAGCUUGCCUUCAAAAUAGACCUGAAUAGCACCCCACACGUGAAUAUUGAGACACAGAAUUUGGCCCUUGGAGUCUCAUCCCUGAUGCCAGGAACCAAUGCACCUUCAAAUUUUAGCAUUGGCCUUCCAAGCAAUAAUGAUUCGUAUUUCCAGAUGGACUUCGAGAAUGGACAGGCAGACCCAUUGGCAUCUGUGAUUUUGCCUCCAAAUUUGCUUGAGAAUUUAAGUCCUGAGGAUUCCAUAUUGGUGAGAAGAGCACAGUUCACUUUCUUCAACAAAACUGGACUUUUCCAGGAUGUUGGAUCUCAAAGAAAAAUCCUAGUGAGUUAUGUGAUGGCGUGCAGCAUUGGAAACAUUACUAUCCAGAAUCUGAAAGAUCCGGUUCAAAUCAAAAUCAAACAUACCAGGACACAGGAAGUGCAUCAACCUAUCUGUGCCUUCUGGGAUCUGAACCAAAACAAAAGUUUUGGAGGAUGGAAUACGUCCGGAUGUGUGGCCCACUCUGAUUCGGACGCUGGUGAGACCAUCUGUCUGUGCAACCACUUCACUCACUUCGGAGUCCUGAUGGACCUUCCAAGGAGUGCUUCACAAAUAGAUGGGAGAAACACCAAAGUCCUCACAUUCAUUACCUAUAUUGGGUGCGGGAUAUCUGCCAUUUUCUCAGCCGCGACUCUCCUAACAUAUGUUGCUUUUGAGAAGCUGCGCAGGGACUAUCCCUCCAAAAUCCUGAUGAACCUGAGUUCGGCCCUGCUCUUCCUGAACCUUAUCUUCCUCCUGGAUGGCUGGAUCACUUCCUUUGGUGUGGCCGGACUCUGCACUGCUGUGGCCGCCCUGUUGCACUUCUUCCUCCUGGCUACCUUCACCUGGAUGGGGCUGGAAGCCAUCCACAUGUACAUCGCUCUGGUGAAAGUGUUUAAUACUUACAUCCACCGCUAUAUUCUAAAAUUCUGCAUCAUUGGCUGGGGUCUGCCAGCCUUGGUGGUGUCAAUUAUUCUAGUGAGCAGAAAACAAAAUGAAGUGUAUGGAAAAGAAAGUUAUGGGAAAGAUCAGGAUGACGAAUUCUGCUGGAUUCAGGAUCCCGUGGUAUUUUACGUGAGCUGUGCCGGGUACUUCGGAAUCAUGUUCUUCCUGAACGUUGCCAUGUUCAUCGUGGUCAUGGUACAGAUCUGUGGGAGGAACGGAAAGAGAAGUAACCGGACCCUGAGAGAAGAGGUCUUAAGAAACCUGCGCAGUGUGGUCAGCCUGACCUUUCUGCUGGGCAUGACAUGGGGUUUCGCUUUCUUUGCCUGGGGACCCCUAAAUAUUCCUUUCAUGUACCUCUUCUCCAUCUUCAAUUCAUUGCAAGGUUUAUUUAUAUUCAUCUUUCACUGUGCAAUGAAGGAGAAUGUUCAGAAACAGUGGAGGCGCCAUCUCUGCUGUGGCAGAUUUCGGCUAGCAGACAACUCAGAUUGGAGUAAGACAGCUACCAAUAUCAUCAAGAAGAGCUCUGAUAACCUGGGGAAAUCUUUAUCGUCAAGCUCCAUUGGCUCCAAUUCAACGUAUCUCACGUCCAAAUCAAAGUCCAGCUCCACUACCUAUUUCAAAAGAAACAGCCACUCGGAUAGUACUUCCAUGGACAAGUCCCUGUCAAAACUGACCCAUGCUGGUGGAGAGCAGACAUCAAUCAUCCCUGUCCAUCAGGUUAUUGAUAAGGUCAAGGGUUACUGUAAUGCUCAUUCUGAUAACUUCUAUAAAAAUAUCAUCCUGUCAGAUGCCUUCAGCCACAGCACAAAGUUUUAAUGUCAUUGACAGGGGAAACAAAGGGGAAAGAAAACCUGUCUGGAGAAGUGUGAUGCUGGACAAGCAGCAAAAGCUACGCCCAAGGGAUGACAGUGUGCUGCUCCAUAGGAAACUCCAGAGCUUAGAGGACCUACUACAUCUUGUUAGGGAAGCAUCUGUGAGAUGCAGAAUUUAUCUGUUUUUGGAUUGCUUCUGUGGGCAAGCUCAGAUAUCACACUUCAGAACUGAGAACACUCUGAGCCCUGCAAGGAUACGGGACUUUUCAGAAUGCAAUUGAAUCAAACUCAUCAGAAUGAGAGGAAAGGCAUUAAAAUUAAAGGCUAUGAGAGGAAGAAAUUCGACUUCAGACCUCUUAUACCACACCUCAUUGUUAGGCUCGGAUGUGGCCUGACUCUCAUAAAGGUGUUGUAGAAAACACACUAAUUCCUGUUUGUGGUGACUUUGGAUGCUCACGGGCUCUGCUCCAAUGCUAUUUUCUAUGAAUAUAGCAGCAUCUUUUCCUUUUUCGGUAAAAUUUAAAUCAUAAGUAGAAAAGAAUGUUCACUAUUUGACCCACAUAUUAAACAUGCUUUUUUUCUCUGUUAUGCAAAUAUUGAAUGUUCGUGAACAUAACCAAAACAAAUGUUCCAAAAAUUCGAUCUAGUCGCUAUCUUGUGUGAAUUUCUAAUAUCUCAAGACAUGCAGCUUAAGCAUCCCUGUUGCCCCAUGCACAUGAACAAGUCCAGUUGAGGGUGGCCAUUGCAUUAAAGCGGACCUCCUGGAAUGUAAGAACAAGCACCUCUCCUGCCCCCUCACUGUGCCAAUAGGCUCAAAGGCUCAUUAGAGGGGUGAGAUUUCCGGUUAAGCACUCUGUGUGCAAUGGCCUCUUAUUGUUUAAAGAACACAGUUUUGAGACUACAGGGUCCUAUCCUUGUUUUAAUGAUAUUAAGACCUUUCAAAUCACAUAGUCUUCAGAGACCUCUGGCUCCCCCUAGUGAUAAUUUUGUUCCAAGGAACAUACACUGAAACACACAGCUGCCUUGGUUAAUGGACAUAAUUUAUAAAUAUGUAGGUCUACAACUGCUAGUCUAAAAACUAUUUGCACUGAGCCCUCCGAUCGAGUGUAUGAGACCCUAAGGAGGGCUGGCGAGGUAUAUUACUCUAGUGUAUGUAGUAUAGAUGGAUCAGACCGCAGCAUGCAAGUCAUACACAACAUUAAACAGCUUAUUUAACUCUUAAGCUAUCCUAAGCAAUAUGUGCUUGCUCGUGAAUGAGAUUAUGGGUUGACCCCACGUGAUGGAAUCCUAUCCAGUGGCCUCAGCACAUGCUGGCUUUAGCCUUGCUCAGAGUUCUCUGGGAAGCUUCAGGUUUCCAAGAUAGCAGCAGCACAGCGACUACAAAGGGAGAUUUUAGCAGAGCCCAGCUUGCUUGAAGGCAGAGGCCAGACAGAACAUCUGUGCAGAAAGUAGGCCCCUCUUGGCUAUGACAUAGAAGACCUUGCAGGCUUUGAAUCUGCUAACAGGUCCCCUUAUCUCUCUGAGUGUCAGUCAUGAAGCUAUUUGCCAGGCUGCAAAAGAGGUCAGUAGAACACGGCAAUGGAUUGUUAUUGCCAUUCAUUCUUGUAGCAACCCGGACUCCAUCUCUGCAGACCAUGUAGAAGAAAAGAAUAGUGUCAUAGUCUUAAGGUAACUACGACGCACCUCAAUAGAGCCAAUCCUUUCCUUUGGGCUUAUAUUAGCAGGCUGUUCACUGCACUAAAGGAUACAUAUAGAUAAAUUUUAAUCUCAAUAAACAUUGAAUAUUGACACAGUCACCCCCAAACUUAGGUGUUCAUGGUAGACUCUAAUUAAGUUUCUACUGUGAGACUUCUGCACAAAGUGAAUAUUUAGCUAAGAGAAAUUGCUAUUUAGCUUCAAAGGUGGCUUUGCUUUUGAUUUCUUCUUACCAGCAUUCAGAUCUGAGAAAAUAUUUUUUAUUCAGCAAUAAUGUCAGCUCCAUUUUAAAAACUUGUGACAACCAGGUAAGAGAAAGAAAAAAGGGAAGAAUCAACAGACUAGAUGUAUUUGCAAGUGGUUUUAAAAUAAUGGUCCAAAUUUUGCCUUCAGUUCCAAGUCUGUGGCUCUCAUUUGUCCCCUCAGAAGAAUGGGGCAAGGUUCCCCAGGAGAGCCAGAAUUCAGGCUGCACACAGCUUUAAAACAGCACCAAUGUAGACUCUGGUUGCGUGCUUCCCACCCUCUCUUUUCUCUGUGUUGUGUUCGAGUCGUAGCCUAGGCUUCUGAGAUAACCUCCAUUCUUGUCACUGUUUCUUACCGUGUAAAGAGUAUCAUGGGCAGUGUCUCCUCAGUACCUAUUUAUUUAUUCGUGUUCAUGUCAGUUUGUUUCAGACCUUAGCUUUCUUUCACCCAGCCUUAUUGUUUUAAUUAACCACCCAUUAGGGAGACUGUAUUAUUUUUUUCUAGAAAAAAAUUAUGAAACAGUUCUGUAGCGAUAUCGUUGAAUAUGAACAGACAAAGCAACUGUGAGGGUGAACUAGAAUUAGUAGUGAGAAACUGCUAAAGCUGAUUUGCCAUUUUACUGAAAUGGAAAAUGAUUUUUUUCAAAUAAAUACUUAUAUUGUUCAUGUUCCAAA